CAGUCACUUUCACUCUCAGUGAGGGGGCGUGUGUUUAACUAGUACAGGAAGGACUCAUGUUAGCUUUCUGACAGACAACGAGGAAUAACAAUUUUAACUUUAGACAAACUGGGUGUGAUAAUAAUAUAGUGAUUAAAAUCCACUGAGAAGGUAAAACAGUUUCUGCAUGAAUAAGCCAAGUAGUCCUGCAGACGUUGUCCGACGGAGCAAAGCCCUCAACGGGACAUUAGGACAUUGUCAUCUGACAAAGGAUGACUGAAGCCCUCGUGAAAGACUGUAGGCAAACACAGAUCUAAUCUAGAUGUCAUCCAUCAAGCCUGUGUAAAAGAAUUAAAGCAGCUCAAAGACAUGUUUGAGAAUUUCAGAGAGAGACUGCAAACGGUGCAGCAGGACUUCACGUCAGGAAUCAAGACCCUGAGUGACAAAUCCAAGGAGGUGAAAGUAAAGAAGAAACAAAGAAGAGAUGAACACUUUCCACAAUAUUCUGCUGGAGUCGAGUUGCUCAGUCGAUAUGAAGACACUUGGGUGGCUCUUCAUAAACGGGCUAAAGAGUGUGCUAAGGCAGGGGAAACGGUGGACGGGGAGGUCGUGAUGCUGUGUGCACACUGGGAGAAAAGACGAGGUGCAGUGCUGGAGCUGCAGGAACAACUGCAGCAGAUUCCUGCUUUCCUCUCGGACCUGGAGACUAUCACCUCACGGAUUGCUCAUCUGGAGGCUGACUUUGAGGAGAUGGAGAGUCGUCUGCUCUAUCUUGAGGAUUUGUGUGCUCAGUGUGAGCAUCAGCGCUUCAAGCACUUUCAGAUCCUGCAGCUGGAAAAUUAUAAGAUCAAGAAAAGGAAAGAGCUGGAGUCUUUCAAAGCGGAGCUCGAUGCAGAACAUGCCCAGAAAGUGCUGGAGAUGGAGCAUGCGCAGCAGGUCAAGCUAAAGGAGCGGCAGAAGUAUUUCGAAGAGGCAUUUCAGCAAGACAUGGAGCAGUACCUCUCCACAGGAUACCUCCAGAUCACCGACAGGAGAGAUCCAAUAGGCAGUAUGUCCUCAAUGGAGGUGAAUGUUGACCUCCUGGAACAAAUGGAUCUCACGGAUGUGUCCGAUCACGAGGCUCUCGAUGUCUUCCUCAGCUCCGUAGGGGAAGAGAGCAGCGCUCAGUCUCCUGACACAGCAGGUGGCCCGACUCUGGAACCCGGCUCGUCCCCCUCAGAGAUCAGCCUAAAGGUGCCCUCACAGACAGAGGUACGGCACACCGCCUCCUCCAUCUCAUCCUCUUGCACCGACACCAUCAGCGGCGUGACCGAGGGUCCGGAUGAAGAGGAUGGCAGCGAGGAAAGCUGCAACGGAGACUCUCCACUGGUCCAGUCAGAUGAGGAGGAGGUACAGGCUGACACAGCCCUCAUGGGUCUCCCAGAAACAGAGCCGCUCAAAAGCUCAGACGACAGCGACACACAGGCCCCCUAGUGGCCAGGGAUGGCAAACGCACUCGUUUAAGUUGGUUUCUGGAGAUGAAAACGUGUUUUACAUCAAGGCUCAGACAGAAGGAGUGCCGAAGACAAGCCAGAUGUUUCUUCGUGGCUUAAUGCGACACUUUGAGAUGAAGAUUUUGGAGCCUUAUAGAAUGCAGUUUGUGCUCAGCCCUAGAGAGCAGCUCUUUCAGACUCUUAGCACUGUGAUUUUUGUUUUCUUUCCCAAUACAAAAAAAAUUAACACAAUGUAUGAUACAAAUCUUCGUAUUACCUGUUGCAUCGGAAUUAUAUAAUAAUAAACAUUUUACAGUGUUCCUGCUAAUAUCACUGAUGUAUGUUGCAUGAAUUUGUAAUGCAGAGCUCAUUUUGCAUAUGACGUUAUUGAGCCGAUUGAAAGACUCUGAAAUAAAAUAUACCUUGAAAUACCACAGGCCUCACUACAAUCUCAGUGUAGGACUGAUAAUUCAAAUCGUAGUGAUCUAAGGGAAAUAUCUUCCACCAACGAUUUCACAGAGCGUCUCUGAUAUAAAAAUAGCUGGGAACAUUUGGACCAUCUGUGGUUACAGAAUUUACAGGCUCCCCGUAUAGCAAGCUGUUGCUCUCAAACCUUGUUACCUCUCGGGAAAAAAUACUGAGUUAUCACGCUAACUGCAGUGAAAUGAAGGUUGAGGGUUUUUAAAAGAAAGAGUAAAGUCUGACUGCAUGGGUUUACAUAAGAAAUUACUUCAGAUUACUUCGGUAGGAUUUUUAAAUGUUUUUAAAAAGUGUCAUACUCACCGAGGCUACACUUAUUUCAUCCACAAUACAGUGUAACUUGUGAUAUUGUGAUAAAUUAUUACAAUUUGUGACGAUGGACCACAAAACUAGUCAUAAGGGUAAUUUUAAAAUUGAGAUUUAUACAUAAUCUGAAAGCAGAAAUAAGAUUUCCAUUGAUGUAUGGUUUGUUAGAAUAGGACAAUAUUUGGCCAAAAAACAACUAUUUGAAAAUGUGCAAUCUGAGGGGGCAAAAAAAAUCAAAACAUUGAGAAAAUCGCCUUUACAGUUGUCCAAAUGAAGUUCUUAGCAAUGCAUAUUAACAAUCAAAAAUUAGGUUUUGACAUAUUUAUGGUGGAAAAUUUACAAAAUACCUUCAUGGAACAUGAUCUUUACGUAAUAUCCUAAUGAUUUUUGUCAUAAAAGCAAAAAUUGAUUAUUUUGACCUGUACAAUGUAUUGUUGACUAUUGCUACAAAUAAACCCGUGCUACUUAA